ACAGUUGACAAUAUUCGCCAUGCGCGGGCGCCGACCACGCGGCUUCUAACGCAGCCUUUAAUCUUGCGCACAAUUGAUAAAUACAAUAUAUAUGAUAAAGAUCGCUAAUUCGUGUCAUUGUACGAUCGUUUGCGCUACAGUUCGCGUGUGUUUGUGAUUUUUAUGAACAAUUAAAUAAUAUGUAAUUUGUGUUUUUGAUAGUGAAUAAGUGUGAUUUUUUUUGGAAUUGUUUGAGAUUAUCGAGAUUUCUUUUAAUUUGAUAUAGAGCAGAGCUCUAUAUAAAAUGGACGACGGUGAAGCUCAAGUACAAGCUCAUAAGCUGCUUGGACAGAAGACGCGAGCUCCCAGACCGCCGGACAACGGACUUACAAGAGCUUUGAGAUCAUGUUGCGUGAUCCCCCAACGGUACAUUCUCGGUGUGAUGGGCCUGCUUGGCGUGUGCAACGCGUACACGAUGCGUGUCUGCCUGAACCUCGCCAUCACACAGAUGGUCAAUACCACCAAAGCUGAAGGAUCUCACUAUGAAGACCCAAACGCAUGUCCCAGUGAUGAAGUUACCAACAGCAGCGCGCCAGUUUUUCAUAGUCCUUACGCAACCUUCGAUUGGGACCAGAAAACACAAGGGCUAAUUCUCAGCGGUUUCUACUACGGUUAUGCGGCAACACAAGUGCCUGGGGGCUACUUAGCAGAAAAGUUUGGAGGAAAAUGGACCCUUGGCGUGGGUCUGCUCAGCACAGCCGUCUUCACUUUCCUUACACCAGUCGUUAUUAGAGCGGGUGGGGCUACGUGGCUUUUCAUACUGCGAAUCUUACAAGGAAUGGGAGAGGGUCCCACGAUGCCAGCUCUGAUGAUUAUGUUGGCGCGAUGGGUGCCUCCGCAUGAGCGUGGGUUCCAGGGAGCGCUAGUCUUCGGCGGAGCACAAAUCGGGAAUAUAUUCGGAUCCUUCAUGUCUGGUAUACUGCUGUCUGAAGGAAGAGACUGGUCGUAUGUGUUCUACUUCUUUGGAGGAUUUGGAAUUCUCUGGUUCUUGUUGUGGAGUGCACUUUGCUACAGCACACCAAACAGCCACCCAUACAUAUCUAAGAAGGAAUUGACGUAUCUAAACAACAAUGUGACGACAGCAGAAACCACAAACGCCAAGGAUCCCGUGCCCUGGAAGGCUUUGCUACGAUCAGCGCCAGUUUGGGCUCUAGUGUGGGCAGCAGUCGGCCACGACUGGGGCUACUACACAAUGGUGACGGAUCUUCCGAAAUACUCGCACGAUGUCUUGAAGUUUAAUAUAGCGACAACUGGUACGCUAACUGCCUUACCCUACAUAGCGAUGUGGGUGAGCUCGUUCCUCUUCGGUCUCGUUUGCGAUGUCUGCAUUAAGAAAGGAUGGCAUACCAUCAAGACUGGAAGGAUUAUUCAUACGACCAUCGCUGCCACUGGUCCCGCUAUAUGUAUCAUAUUAGCUUCGUACGCCGGCUGCGACAGAACCGCUGCGAUGGCUUACUUCGUGCUUUCCAUGGCUCUCAUGGGAGGAUUUUACAGUGGAAUGAAGGUAAAUGCCCUGGACUUGGCUCCUAACUACGCGGGAACACUGACAUCUCUGGUCAACACAACCUCCACAUUCGCAGGAAUUAUCACACCCUACCUCAUAGGGUUAUUGACACCAGAUUCAACAUUAGCCCAAUGGCGCGUCGCGUUCUGGGUGUGCUUCGCCGUGUUGGUUGGCACCAACGUGAUCUACUGCAUCUGGGCCGACGGCAAGCAACAAUGGUGGGACGAUGUGCGGCAGUUCGGAUACCCCGAAGGUUGGACGCAUGGCUCCUUGACAAGAGACACGGUGGAGCAACCAGAAGCAGUCAGAUUGUCCGACCACAAAUCAUCAUCGUCAUGAUCAAAAACAAAAGACAGAGGAUCCAAAGUUUGAUACCAGACUCGCGAAACACCGGUUGUGCUAUAUUCCAGUUAUGCAAAAUAGCAGAAACUUUUGAAAGUAACUAAAUAGUCGAACACAUGUUUCGUCGGCAAAACGUUGCGAAACAUCCCUUUGUCAUAAGAGAAAAAAUCGCGUUUUUGGCAGUACGUAAUAAAACUCAGAAAUAUUUGUUUUGUAACAUAAGUAUUUGUAUGUAUACCGGGACUUGUGAAUUUGGUAUUUCGCUUCGGAGCCAAGACAAAUAAUGCAACCAGUGCAACUAGUCAGAAUGAAGAACAUUUUAGUACAAGUGCCUUAUAUUAUUAAGUUCUCAAGGACAUAAUAGUAGUUAAUAGUAUACUCAUACAUGAUCUAUAAUCAAUUAUUUCUUAUGAUUAAAUCUCCUUUUAUAACA